GAGGCGGAGCGGCAAACUUUUCGGGGAAACAGCCGCAGCCAUUUGGAGCUCGGCGCGGCGAGGAAUCGCAAGGCAGCGAAGCGGGCAGGGCGGGUUCCAGGCGAUCCGGCCCGGCCUGUCUUGGGGCGGCGGCAAAGAGCGGCAACGACAGCAGCCACAACAUGGUGUCGUGUAUGAUAUCCCGAGCUGUUGUGUUGGUCUUUGGAAUGCUGUAUCCUGCUUAUUAUUCAUACAAAGCCGUAAAGACAAAAAAUGUGAAGGAAUAUGUACGGUGGAUGAUGUACUGGAUUGUGUUUGCUCUUUACACAGUUACUGAAACAAUAGCAGACCUAAUGAUCUCUUGGUUUCCACUGUACUACGAACUGAAAAUUGCUUUUGUUAUUUGGCUGCUCUCUCCAUAUACUAGAGGGGCAAGUCUAAUUUAUAGAAAAUUUCUUCAUCCACUUCUUUCGUCAAAAGAAAAGGAGAUAGAUGAAUAUAUUGUGCAAGCCAAAGAACGUGGCUAUGUUACAAUGGUUAACUUUGGAAAACAAGGUUUAAAUUUAGCUGCUACUGCUGCAGUGACUGCAGCAGUCAAGAGUCAAGGAGCAAUAACUGAAAGAUUGCGAAGUUUCAGUAUGCAUGACUUAACAGCUAUUCAAGGUGACGAACCAGUGGGACAAAGACACUAUCAAACUUUACCGGAGACCAGAAAGAGAGGCAAAAACGCCACUAAUGAAUCCUUAGGUUUAGGUAUUCCACUAAAAAAGGAUUCAGAAGAUGAUAAAACUGAUGAGGAAAGAGAGGGGACGUAUUCAGAAGAUGAGAUGUUUGCUCAGAGAGGUCUCAAGCGAACACAAAGUAUGAAAUCUGUAAAAACUAUCAAAGGACGCAAAGAGGUGCGGUAUGGCUCAUUAAAAUAUAAAGUGAAGAGAAGACCACAAGUGUACUUCUAAAUUAUCUUGGCAGUUCAGCUUAAAUCAAAUUGCUGUGUUUGUUGCUUCUUCCCUGGGUCUGUUCCUGUGCACAGGGCUUUCCCAUUCUCUGAAGGGAAACAUUUUGCAUACGUGUGGAUUUCCCAUUGCUAGUGCAAAGCAUUACCAAGCUCAUGAACGAGAACAGAGAAGAUCCUGUAUAAGCAGAGCUCUUUGUCUCUGUCUCAGUAACUGGCCUCUGCGUUCAAGAAGUUUAUGUACCAAACACUGAAACAUGGUGGUAGCGAUUUAUUGCUUUAGAGAGAUGAAUAAGAUACUUUCAUUUCUAAUUUUCUUAAAACUGACCUCUAAAUAUUGGUAAAUAGUAUUUUAGGCUUCUGUAUUGUGUAAACAAUGAAUUAAUUUCAUGACUCAAAGUUCUUCAUUGUGGCUCUCACGGGUGAGCAUUUAAGUGGCUGGUUAGUGUCCACUGCUUAAUAAAAAUUGCACAGCUCCAGCAUUUCCUUUAAUGUAUACAGCAAGUAUAUUCCUAAAUGCAUUUUAAUUCUGGAUUACCAGAAAGUUUUUAGUACCUAAUGUAAGAGAAGUGAAGGAAAUAAGAGGGAUUUUUUUUUUGCAAUUUAUCUUCAUCUGCUUUUUAAACACCGUGACUGAGACCCAAAGUUUGUCCGAAGAGGGUUUCUACCUACCAACCCAGGGGGAUUUCUCUUUUUCGAAACAGCUGAGCCCCUGCACUAUAUCGCCUGCACUUGAAGUUCCCUUCUUGCCUUGUGACUGGGGAAGCAAGAUUGUUCUAGUUGUUCCAGGGCUGGGUUCACCAAGGAAUUACAGCUGCUGCUGUCCUCCUGCGAGAAUAAUAGUGCACGUGAAAGGAUGCAAUUAAAUAAAGUGUGUCAGGUGCCUUUUGGUUUUACUUCCAGUCUUAUUUCUCAGAAGCAUUAUCUGUAGAGGAAUUUUCACCAAAAACUUUUCAAGCCUAUCAAAUAAUGGACGUCAUAUUGCGGGUGAGAUAUUUCUGUUACAACAGACGAGAGUAUGCUCAUCAUAAAGUUGCUUAUUUCUCCUGUGGUUUAGAAUUUUGUUGGUUUUUAAAACCUUGUUUAUUUUUGUUCGUAUGUCUUUGCUAAAGGUUUUCUGUUCGGCAGUGCUCAGAACAGAAAACCAUAUUAAGAACACAGAGUAGCUAGAUAGUUGUACAUAUCCAUGUAAAUCCAGCAUAUUUUGUAGAGUGCAUGCGGAUAUGAUGCAUUUCUGUGAUGUCCUUUUGGUGUGGUUUCAAAGCGGCACUUGGUAUACUUUUCAGACUUGAUUUAAUGUUAGUUCACAAGAAUUCUACUGCUUAACUUGCUAGAUUCCUUGAGGAUGAGCUGUGUUUUCUGGUCAGGUGAGAAUCUCCCAUCUUGCUGGUAUAACCAGGUGCUUUAGUAUUGCCAGCUCUGGUUGUAAGAAUCAUGGCACACCCUGAGUCAUUACAUGGUAUUUAGAAAUCGUGUAAUGAGACUUGCAUUUUAAAACCACAUAGCUGUGGGCGCUGGAACCUUUUCAAUUGAACACUUGAAAAAUUGCUGCUGUUUUUUGUAUCACUUGGUACUAGGCUUUAACCUGAAGUGAUGUGAUUCCAAAGAAACAACUUUUGCUGCAGGUAACUGUUUAGAGUUCAGAUGAAGUGUAUACAUGACCCCUUAUUCUCAUUUCCAUGCCAUGUAGGCGUCUCUUUUUAGAAAAGUAUGUUAAUCUCUUCUGCCAGGAUAGGAUUUAACCAUUAGUAUUCAGGACUGGCAACCUGUUGAAUAUGAGGGACUAAAUGCUUUCCUCUUCUGCUAGAUGCUUCAUUGGCGGGAUUAGCAGUAUAGGGAAGGCUGUGCCUGCCUCUUCACUGUUGUGUUAUUUAUAGUGUGGUUCCACUGACUGUCAAGCCUAUGUGGCAUAAGUUUGUAGCCUUUGUGAGGUGUGUGCGUGCAUGUGUGCAUUCCUGCACACACACACUCAGACUCUAAUAUUCAGGUCUUCCUGUUCUGUAAAUCCUCAGCUUAUAUAAUACAUUGGAGGAAUGAAAACAUAUUGCACAUCCUGCUUAUUGGCAAUACGCCACUGUAAAAACUCAGCUUUGUUUUUGGUCUGCGUCAUACUACCAUAUGUGGUUUUUAGGAUCUCUUGUCUCUUAAUGCAUUGAAAUUGAUAGAUGACCUUCUUCUUCCUUCCCACAAUUGGCUUGAACCUAGAUGAUGUCAAAAGCAUUGCGUGAGAAAUAGUUGUGGAAUGAAGCUGUCUCCGCUACAUUUCAGCAACUUGGCAAUUGCAGACAGGACCUCUUAAAUAAUGAGUUGCAAGAUUCUCUGCUGUAAUGGCUGUAGGCAUACCCAUUGUUUCCGAAUUUAUUCAAGUUCUUUGGCUAAGAAACUUGAUGUUCAAAGUUGGCAGGUUUUAAAGGCUCGGUUACAUUUUUACUGUGUACCUUUAUUAUACAGCUAAAAAUGUAAUGUGCAGUUGAUAAGGGAGUGUGUGGGUACACUCCACAGAGAGCUGCUGAUUGGCCAGAACGUCUCAGGGCAGGUACCUGCUUUCGAAUACUUGGAGAUGCUUCUCAUGACAUGCAUGAAAGCUGUGAGUAGCACACUCAAGGGAUGGAAUAAGAGGCAUUCCCAUCGCCCCAUUCUUUAGCAUCUUGGGUUCCAAGAAUAACAAGGCACAUGCUACAAAUCACAUAUCAUGGUUGUACUAUAUCAAAACACCUUCUUUUAAACAAAGUAUAGGGCUUCUGUAUACAAAGUAUUGUGCAUAAGGUACAUGUUCUAAAAUGAACUUUAAAAACUACUUUUGAAGAUUGCUUCAACUUAAACAGUUCUUAAAAUUUUAAUGUCAAAAUUCAGACUAAAAUGAUAACUUUGAAAGACUGUACGCUUUAACUUUUCCUAUUUGUAAUAACUGAUAAUUUGUUUACAUAUUUGUAAUAGUGGGGAGCCUUUUGUGCAUUUUGUACUAAUAUUUCUUUACCUUUGUAAAUGCUAUUUUUAAAGGUGCAACGGCUCUUACUUUUUUUUAAAAAAAACAAUGCAUAAUAAAAUGAGUACACUUAUGAACUGUCUAAUUCAAUUUUAAUUUUAACAUUUUGGGGGGGAAGAAUGGAAAUAUUGAAGCAAGGGAACCUGAUAGUUGUAAUGCAGAUUGGUGGUUUUAUUAUGUUGGAGAAGAAAAACAUUCCAACCCUGACUGUGUUAAACCCUUUUAUCUUUUAAAUUUGAGAUAUACAAAGGGCAUUAUUUUAAUUCAUUGUGUAUUUUCUAGAACAGCUGAAGUAGCUUGCUGUGUACUCUUCAGAACGUACUGACUACAUAAAUAACCAAUGACAUUUGUCCUCCUUCCUUUCAUUGCUUUAUUGUUUGGCAGCAUACUUUAAGUAUUGGAGGGAAAAGGGCUAAGUCUCACUGCAUAUUCUUUUCAGGCAACAAUGUAAAGGUCUGUAUUGUUACAAGAGUUCAGAGCCGUUUCUUCAGAAGCAAUUUUGUCCUCUCACUUUCUCAUGUGCCUAGAUCAUAUUUUACAUCAUCCGUUUGGUAGCCCAUCCUCCUUCCAACAGCAAACCACCCCGUAACAAAAAGUCUGCCAAGAAAAUGUUGUGAUGCGACAUCCCACCAUGGGUCAGUAAUGACUUGGUGCUUGCACGGGGGGACUACCUUUACCUUUUUACCUUCUUCCAAAACCCCAGCGUAGGUGCACAGCAAUUACCCUCAUAGCAGUUUUGUUAGGUAGGUCAAGCUUGGAAUUGGUAACUGAUCCAUUGAACUUCAUGAGUAAACAAUGAUUUAGAUCAAGUACAUAUUAUAAAAACAAUUAAAAUACAUUUAUGGAAAGGAAGGUCAGUGAGGGAACAUCAGUGAACAGGUUAAAUUUUUACCUGCUGGCAGAAGUCAGUGAUCAAGGGACACAUGAGUCUGCCUGGGGAGGGAAUUCUGUAAUUUUGGUGCCAGGACUGAGAAGGCCUUUUCUCAAGUUGCCAUCCAUCUAGCCUCUGAUGGUGAAAGUACCCAGAGGAGGGCCCCUGAAGAUGAUAGUUGCAAUUGGGUAGGUUUAUAUGGGAGUAGGUGGUCUUUCAGGUAUGUUGGUUCCAAACUGUAUAGGACUUUAAAGGGUUCAAGAAUUCGGCUAAAGCAAUAUGAGGAGUGUUUUCCAAUGGAAAGAGAUUGGUGGAAGCUUGUCAAGCCCCGUUGAGCUCUUCUAAAGAAUCAUUUCUCACCUGGAAGAAAGGAGUUGGGCAUCUAACAUGACAUACUUGGUCCAUGAGGGAAGAGCUGUGGUUCACUGGUCCUUCAGAUCCCAGAGGGGACCAGAUCAGGUGAUAUCAACAUGUAGCAGAGCAAGAUCCUGGUCCAAUAGCAUCUGAAAGACCAACUAGAUUUCCAGGGCAUGAGCUUUCAUGAGUCAAAACUUUGACUCUUGCUCAUACUUUGGAAAUCUAGGUGGUCCUUCAGGUGCUAUUGGAUCUGGCUCUUGCUUUUCAACUGCAGAUCAACAUGGCCACCCACCUGAAACUAUCAAUGUGUAGUGGUUAUAAUUACUUUUACCUGUUUAUUGAGGUCAUUAGACUUCAAACACUAGAUUGCUUGUUGAAAGUUUGUUAUGUAUCUUCAGACUUGGCUCCCAGAUUUCUGAAAAGCACACGAAACUGCUAAAUAAAUGGUUAAGAUGUGACUUCAACAUCUUUUAUAUAGAAUUUUUUUUUAUUCCUACUUAUGUUUUCUACCCUUUCAAAUUGAAUGCUGCUGAUAACUUUGGGUAGGAUUUUUUAUUAUUACUAGAAGUACUUGUAACUGAGCCACGUAAGAGCUUUUGAGCUUUUCCUCCACUGGGAUGUCAAACAUGCAGUUUUGCUUAAGACGACAUGCCUUGAUCAGCCAAGGGAGUUGGCCGCAUUUCCCACCCUUCUGACUUCUUUAUAUGCAACACUCUUCACUUUGUAAGAUUACACAUGUAACUUGUUAGAAGUAAAUUCUUAGAUUCUACUGAUUUGUAUCUCACCAAAAGCAACUCUUGACUGUGUUUGUCUGUCUAUCUCUGGGCACAGCUCUAAAAGCGUUCGUUCAAACCAGCUAGUAUAUAAUUCAAAAGUGUAAAUUGUGUGUUUAGUAACCCACUAAUGAAAAUCUUGCUUAGAGAUGAAACAGUGUCUGAUUUCUGGGUGGAUCAAACUAUAUAUUAAUUCCUUUUUGUUUAAUUCUAAAUGACACAAUCUCUCAGUGCAAUCCAAUGCAUACUGAACCCAGUCUAAUCUUACGGAUUUUAGUGCGUUUAAACCAAAAUAACUCUGCAUAGGAUUGUACUGUCAGUCAUCUAAGAAUUCUGCAUAAACUACUGAAAUGCUGAUGGAAUCUACAAAAAGGGAGAUGGAGAAGAGAAGCUGCAGAGACUCUUAGUGGGAGGCUAUCCUGGAUAGAUUGAGACAUAGGACCUCGUUCAGUAUUUCCGAACAACUUGGAGAUGUGUUUGUACUUGUUUGCUGUUCUGGGAAAGACUACACUGAGAACAACCGCAAGAGCCUUUGGAUCCGAGCAAACUCCAGGCUUGGAAUCUAAUAUGGUUGGAGAGAAUGAGGGGAAAAACAAAACAGAAAGUGGAGGUGGUUUCCAUUAUAUUAUAUGCCAUUAUAUUAUAUAUUGUAUAAUGUUAUAUGUUGUAUAAUAGAAUCGUAUAGAUUAUUCCUGUUUGCAUUGAACUGCAUUGCUAGUUUUUGGGAUCAUUCUAGCUGUGCUGGAAGCAAAACCUGAUCUAACCAAUACUCACUUUUGUACACUUGAACUGAUUCUGUACUGGUUUGCACAGGAAAACAUGCUAAUUCCUGUUUUGCAAUACUGACUUGCAUUGAGGCUUUAAAUAGCAACUACCUCUUCAGCAUUUUCUCCUGACACUGGUGUCUUCAGUGCCCAUCUGAAAGGGAACUCCUUCCCUAACGAAGGAGUUCUAUUUGUUUUAAUGAGUUAAUAUGUUUGCUUUCAACUGUUCCUCCAAGGAGCUUGGUAUAGUCUUCAGCAAAGUAAGACAGCAUUGACCUUGAUUGGUCAAGGAUCUGAUUCCCAUGUGAGGUAGCUUUGUGUGUUCAGACUGAAGCCUUAAAACAGCGCCUGAAUCUGCUUCCUAUCUCUUAGAGAACACAGAGUGUGAAAGGUCUUAAAUAUCUCUACAGUUUACAAAUGUAAAGGAUCAGCAGAUAAUAUGGCAGAGCUCCUAGAAGUGCACUUACAGCAUAUGUAAAACAUGCUCCUUUAGAUUAUUUUAGCCAGCAGAAAGUACACUUUUCCACUGCUGAAUAUUCAGGGUACAGCUGGUAAUAAAAAUGGGUUUGUGCAAUGAGGAAAAGGCGUAUGAAAUGUCCUUGACUUGCUAUAAUUCGGGCGGGGGGGGGGGGAAUCCACUAAGAACCCCAUUGUUAUGAACCUGAUUGUUCUUAAUGCAAUAAAAUGAUUUUGUCUGUGUGCUUACAAACUCACAGAAAUAAACAUCUUUCCUCCUCCUCGGC